UUGUUUGGCAAUGGCUUCGUUUAGAUUCUGUGCUGAGUGCAAUAAUAUGUUGUAUCCUCGUGAAGACAGAGACAACCUGCGGCUAUUAUACUCAUGCAGGAACUGUGACUAUACUGAGUUGGCCGAAAACCCCAAGGUAUACCGUCAUGAGUUGAUUACCAAUAUCGGAGAAACUGCAGGAGUGGUGGAAGAUAUUGGUAGUGAUCCAACAUUGCCACGAAGUGAUAAGGAGUGUCCUCAUUGUAAUCAUCGAGACUGUGUGUUCUUCCAGUCUCAACAGAAAAGAAAAGAUACGUCGAUGUUGUUGUUCUAUGUGUGUUUGAACUGUAAAAAAGUGUUUGGGGUCUAAAACCAUAAGUGAAAAAAAGUUGAACGUAUUUUAUAUGUAUUAUAGAAGAAAUGUAUAUAUCACAAAUGA